CCACGCCCUCUUCAGUGGUAGCGAGCUGGUGUGGUUUAAGUUUACCUGAGAGAGAAUCAGAGGGAGAGGACAAAGCAGCGCGAACACGUCCACUUCAGUCGUUAUUGAAUGUAGUCACCGCGGAGUAGUCGGUUUAUUUUUGUAAAGAUGGACGAGGUGUUUUUAAAAUCCGCUUUACCUGCCGCUGCGGACUCUUUCAUGCUCAACGACACCAGUCUGGCUGUGCCGGCCGAGCUCACUGACAGGUCCUCGGCCAAACCCGAUUCAAACGACCGGAGCCUGCGAGUUCACCAGCAGGUCCAGCUCACACUGGCCCGGAAGGCGAAGAGGACUCUGUCUAAUGGUGGUGUCCACUUACAGAGAAACACCGCUCAGAGCUUUGAUGCUGCAGAUGGACUUUUACCAAAUACGAAGGUGAAUGGAUUCACCUUCACCAACCGCUCUCUAUCAAACAGCCGUGUGCGCAGACCCUCCAGGAGGGUGGAGGUGUCUCCACCGCCGAGCCCCGGGUUUCCUCGCAGCCGCUUCAAUUACAGCACCCUCCGCUUUGGGACGUACACACACCCGGGACCCACUCAGCCGCAGAUGACGGGGACUCUGCACGACCGCACGUUCGCGUCCGACUCGUUUCUGCGCUACGCCUUCUCAGAGGCGCCUCGAGGAACUCGGCCGCACGCGUCCACGCCUACACAUGGGAGCUUCCGGCAGAGGUCACUGAGGCAGACGGCGGCGGCGGCACCUCCCCCCGUGUUUGCAAACAAAGCAUUUCAGCGGAGUGGCGGUGAUUAUGGCUCGCACUUGAGCCACAACCGGACUUCGUUCAAACAGGAGAGAAGUGGUGAUGUGAUGCUCGGUGCUGUGCAGCCUGAUGAAGGUCUGUCCUGGUUGACUCACGUCAGGAGAAAUGCACACGGGCUCCACAGACUGAACUCGUACCCGCCCUCUGUCACCAGUGUGGACGCGGACGUGAGCCGGCAGAUGGAAUUAGAACUUCCUUUUCAGCAGAUACACAGGCAGAAUGUCGCAAAUCUGAAGUCAGAGAACAAGCUUCCAGAGAUGACCUUAGAGAGAGCUGUGAGCCUGUUGACCCAGGAGGACGAGGAAACGCUGCUCUAUGCAGCGAGCCACAUACAGAAUCAAUGUUUCAAGAGCACCGAAGCAAAAAAGAUGGUGUACUACCUGCGCGGAAUCGGAAAGCUCCUGCAGCUGCUCCACGUCGACCACGAGGAGGUUCAGCGUGUCGCCGCUGGCGCGCUGCGCAACGUCGUGUACCAGAGCAGUGAGAACAAGAUGGAGGUGAAGGAGAACAACGGCUUGGCAACGAUUCUAGGUGCACUGAAGAGCAGCCGCGAUGUGGAGACCAGACGGCAACUGACUGGUCUUUUGUGGAAUCUCUCCUCUCAUGACCUCCUGAAGGAGCGUCUGAGCAAGGACGCCUUAUCCGUCCUCACAAAGUCCGUCCUCGUGCCCAGCUCUGGCAUUUCUGAAGGCGAGAACCCAAAAGACGAGCUCCUGGCCGACGACGAGGUUUUCCACCAUGCCACGGGCUGCCUGCGGAAUCUGAGCUCUGCUGGUCCAGACGGCAGAAAAGCGAUGAGGCACUGCGAGAAUCUUAUUGACUCUCUGGUCUACUACAUUCGGGGAACCAUAGCCGACUAUAAGACGGAUGACAAGUCCACAGAGAACUGCGUCUGCAUCCUGCACAACCUGUCUUACCAGUUUGAGGCAGAGCUUCCAAAGAAAUACAUGCAAGACCUGAGGGAAUCUCGGCAAAACUUGGCCUCCGAUCCGAAGAGUGUCAGCUGCUUUCCUAAUCGCAGUGCCAAGAUUACAGAGCAUCUGGAGCGACAGAGCCCUCUGCUGGAGGAGAAGGCGAACCCCAGUGGCAUAGAAUGGCUGUGGAGCGCCAUCACAAUCCGCAUGUACCUGUCGCUGAUUGCCCGCAGUGUGCGCCACUACACCCAGGAGGCUGCUGUCGGAGCCCUGCAGAACAUCACAGCUGGGAAAGGAGCGGUGUCUGAAGCCAUCGCUUUCACUAUUGUUCAGCGGGAAAAUGGUCUUCAGCACAUCCGUAAGAUACUGCGGGAGGGAGAGAGCGACGUGAAGAGGACGACCAUUUCUCUGAUAAAAAACCUCUCCCGUCACGAGGAGCUGCACCCGGAUAUUGUGAAGCAGGUGUUACCAGAGCUGGUGCCGCUGCUGCCCAACGACGACACCGGUACAGACCUGCCCUCAGAAUCGACAGCUUGCCUGUGCCACAUCCUCACAUACCUGAGUCAGAGCAACUCGCAGCAUGUCCGAGCUGUCGUCAACCAUGGAGCCCUUCCAAAGAUCAUUAACAUCAGCAGCAAGGACAAUGGUUAUGGACCAACCAGAGCGGGUCAGGCUGCAUGUGUCCUGCUGCACACCAUGUGGAGACACAAUGAUCUCCAUGGGGCCUACAAGAAGUGUGGCCUCAGGAAAACGGAUUUCAUUAACCCGAGAACAACAAAGGCUGUGAACUCGGGUCGAAACUGAGUGUAUAUGUGUGUGUCUAUAUGUGUAUAUAUAUAUUUA